AUGUGGAAUUGCCGUGGAUAUAGAAAUAAGAAACAGGAGCUUUCGAGAAACAUUAGCGGAUAUGAUAUUAUACUCGUGGAAACUAAAUGCCCGCAUAAUAAUGGAGUCUAUAUUGCAGGAUAUAGAACGUACCAGAUGCCGAGUCGAGGCCUUAGUGGAGGCCUUGCAAUUGCUGUUCGGAAGGACAUUGAGUUUAACAUAAUAUCCGGUUUCCGUGACCUGGAUAGUGGUUUUGAUGUUCUUAAAAUUAGAACCAUUAAUCUGAGUAUUAAUUUUAACAUUGUAUCCGUGUAUCGUCGACCAGGAGGCUCACUCAGGGUCAGUGACUUCAGAUCUCUUUUUGAUUUUGAUCCAGGUGAUUGUGAGUCUAUUUUUUGGGAGGAUUAUAAUGCUCAUAAUACUAUGUGGAAUUGUGGAUUUACGGAUACUAUUGGGGAUUCUCUACAAGAGGCUAUGGAACGCAGAGAUUUUAUUUGUGUCAACGUGGAUACAUGUUAUCGUAUUGGAGCUAUUGAAGAGAGAGACUCAAAUUUGGAUCUUUUAUUCUGCUCUGCUGCUGUUUUGGAUACUAUAGAAUAUGACCAAUUGGAUGAUUCGUGGGAUAGUGACCAUUUCUCAAUUGCCUUUGCGUUUGAGACUCAACAAAGGAUAUAUAGUAAGCGCACUAACAGAAUGACUACUAAGAAGACAGAUUGGAUCAAAUAUGCUGAGUUGGUUAGAUCGGAAUUUGAGAAAUUUGCUGCUGAACCCCAUGAUCUAAUGACAGGUGGUGAUGUUUUGUCUGCACAUUAUUCUGGUUUUACUAAUGUGUUAACUGAUGCUGCUCAUGUGGCGUCGGGUCGUCGUCCAGAUCAAUUGAAUUGUGGAAAGCGGAUUGUACGAGAGAAAUCUGGUAAUCCUAACAGCUGGUGGGAUAAAGAUUGUGAUAAGGUUGUUAAGGAUAGGAAGAUGGCUUUGAGUGCUUUUAAAGGAGACAGAUGCUUAAAUAAAUGGAUUGAAUAUAAGCGAUGUAGAGCGGUGGCCAAAAAAACAAUUAAAUAUAAGAAGAUAAAUUUUGAAGGGUUCUGUAAGAGUAUUAAUAGAUUUUCUGAUGUGCGGGUAGCCAAGUUGCUCAAAAUAUAUCAAUUGCAUCGAACAAAAAGCAGUGAGAUUAUAAAAAAUGUACUAGGUCCUCACUUCUUCAACGACUUGCUCAGUGAUGUUGGAAAUGGUAAAUAUAGUCUUUUAUUGGGCGAAUCGAAUGUGUCCGUGAAUAAACUGUUGGGUAUCGUUAUAAUAUACUACAGUAACAAACAUGGAAAAACAAUCUCAAGUUUUUUAGCACUGACCAAGCUGGAAACAUGUAAUGCCGAUAGUAUUGUCUAA